GCCUCCUCCUCCGGCCACCAGCCCGCGCCGCCGGGCAGGUCCUCGCGGCAGUCGUCGCGGUCCUCGGCGGCGGCGGCGGCGGCGGCGGCGCGCAGCCUGCACGACCGCCACGACGACGUCAAGUCGCAGGACUGGUCCGCCGCCAAGCUGCUCGAGGAGUACGACCCGCUCGACCUGACCGAGGUGUCGCGGCCCUACGCCUACGUCGCCGACCACGUCGUGCGCAUCGACACCUCCGUCUCCAUCGCCGACGAGAUCGCCCGCUACGAGGAGGCCCUGCGCGCCUCGGCCCACCCGGCCAUCGCCGCCGCCGGAGCCGCCGCCGACUCCGCCAAGUCCUCGGCGGCCACCGGCAAGCGGCGCGAGGGCUGGUUCGAGAAGCUCCGCGACCAGCUGCAGCGCGACGAGGACAUCCGGUGGUACGUCGUCGUCAACGGCGACGAGGAGCGGCAGUGGGGGGCUCCCCCUCCUCCUGCCGGAGGGGACGAGGGAGGCGGACACCACCGCCACCACCCCCAGCAGCAGUGGGAAGAGGACGAGGCCGCGGCGAUCUCGGACGCGGUUGCUGCCUCGGCCUCGAUGCAGGAGCAGCGCCAUGCGCAGUACACGCACCAGCAGAUGAUCUUCGAGGACGCCGACCGGGACAAGGAGAAGGAGCGCCGCCGCGAGGAGCUGCGGCGGGAGCUCGCCGGCGACGAGAACAUACUCAAGGACGUCCGGGACCUGCCGCAGCAGCAGCAGCAGCAGCCGCCCCGCGUGCCGGACAAGGUGGGACCGGCGACGCCACCCAAGGGGUCCGGGGAGAGGCAGGCUCCGGCCAAGGGCGGUUCGAAAGGCGGCGGGCUCCGGAGGCUGUUUGGGCGGAGUAAAGGGUCGGAAGGGACGAAGGGAUAA